AUGGCGGAGAAAGAGGUGCAGCAAAAGGAGAAUGAAGACGACGUGGAAAAGGGUGGAGAGGCGCAAAGAGAGCAAGAAGAGAGGAAGAAAGCGGAGGAAGAGAGAAGGAUGGAGGCGCGGCGCGCGUGCAGAACGGAGGCAAUGUCAUCGAACUUACAUAAUGUGUCCUCUUUCUUCAAUUACACGCGUCGAGAUAUCGAUGCAGCGUACAUUUGGGUCGCUCAUACCGAAGCUUGGAAGAAGACUCGGGAGGAGAUCGGUGUAGUCGCAGUGCAUCGGCUGCUACACGCUGGCCGGACGUUCGACGUCGAAUACCUUCGCCGGGACACUCAUGCAACGUGCGACAAAAUGCCGACCACGCUGCCCGCUCUGUGUCUCGUGACGCUGGUCUUGUGCAACGUUUACGGCAGUCUUGAACAUGAAAUUCCAAGGAGGAGCUUCCUGUCACGAAGAGCCAUCGAUGGUACCAGAGGGAGGAAGUACUUCGAUCCGGAAGAAGAGGGAGCGUUCGACAGUUAUGGAUCUGCCGGUGGCCAGUACGAUCCUUACCAGCAGAAAACAGAUUUGUCAGAUAUCAGGAAGAACGUGCCAGGAGAACCACGUAUCGGUUACUACGCGGACGAGGUGGCAGGGUGCCAAGUCUUCCACGUGUGCCACGAUGUCUUGGUCUCCUCCUUUCUCUGCCCCAUAGGCUCCGUGUUCAGUCAGAAGCUGCUCACCUGUGACUGGUGGACCAAGGUAGACUGUUCUUCCAGCAGCAAGUACAUAGGCGUGAAUCGGAACAGCUACCAGCAAGACGACGACGAAAUGAUUCGAAAUGCCUACGCCAUGAUCAGCCUUCAGUCGGGGACAGACGUGACCAAGGAUGGUCUGGUGGAUCCCGAUCGAACGGGAAGCGUGGUGGAUUAUCAAAGAGGUCCAGAUAUCUUGGACUAUUCUCCCGUGGACACUUCAGGAAACGACCUGAGGACCAAUUUCCAGGACUAUCCUAGACCCGCGAAUCGAGACUUCCUGCCACCCUAUCAGCUGAAAGAACGGAAACCGGAAACCGGUCGAAGUUACCAGGAUGCAUUCUAUCCCGCUGACAAGUCCAGGUCUCCUUACGAAGAUUCACCGAUAAUUCGCGUGCAAAAGAUCAAUGAUCCUGGGUAUGGCGAUCGUCAGAGGACCAAAGACUUCCAGGAGGCUUACCGAAGGCCUAACGAGUUCACCAAUCAGUUCCAACCAUCUUAUGCACCCACUGUGCCAACUGUCACUACUACGACCAGAAGAUUCUACUCUCCAACUGUCCCUACGACCUUCAGACCGUCCACUUUGGCGUAUAACAAGCUGGACCAAGUGAUAGACAGCUCGGAUUAUUAUUUCUCGCAUAGCAGAGCGAGAAGCUUCGUCACUCCACCGACCAAAGUCUUCCCGAGUGGCGACAGUGGCAGACAGGAUUUUGGCAGGGACUUGAGAAAGCCUGAACCUUUCAGAAAAUCGAUCAGAGACGAGGAUUAUAGCAGACAGGACAGUUACGAGGACGAUUAUGAAGAUUUCGAUAGCGAAGAGUCGAGGAGCGAAAGGCCUAAAGAGAGGUUCCAAGUCAGAGUUGCCGAUGACUUUAAUUUUAAUCGGACUGGUGCACUGAACGGGAGAAGUUCCGUGUUCGGUGAUAUUUACAGAGGAUUCGAUCGGACCAGGAACGACGAAGACACUGUGGAUGACAUCGAAACUAGGGGUAGCAUCGGUCUGGGUCAGGCGUUGCACCAGUCGCUCAGAGGAAUCUCUGUUCACGAACAGGAUCCCGUGAAAGACGAAACCAAAGCCGGAGAAAGUAAUUCUCGUAAAGAAGGGAUUAAGCACACCUUGGUCAGGCCAGAGUCUACGAAUUAUUCCGGAGAGGAGAAGCAGAACGCGACUGAAAAUUACCAAAGACACGAUCAAAGAGAUACCAAAACGAAGGAAGCAGUUCUGAGAGAUGCGGAUAUUUUCGUGUCAACGACCACUCCAUCGGUCGUUGAAAGCACGAUAAAAGCUAGCACGAGUCUUCACGAAUCCCCGAACAGACAAAGAGAUCUGAGAAAUACCACCGACACGAGUUCCGAAUUUUUAAAUGGCAGAGACUCCGUUGAGGCUAUAGACAGCGGGUUCCAAACGUUCAGGCCAACUGAAAUCCCAGAACCCCCUCAGAAAACGCAAAGCAAAUUUCAGAUAAACGUGCCAGACCUGUCCGAAGUGUCCACGUUACUGUUUCGUUAUUCGACCCUGGGUGAUGAAACCUAUCAAGAAACAAGAACGACAGAGUUACCAAAGUUCCAGAGCAGUACAGGCGAGUACGUCGAUCAUACAUCCUCUGACGAAAACGCAGGUGUGACUAGUAGUUACGAGGAUAUUGAGAUUUACAAAGGGUCCAAUUUCCAAAAUUACCCGACUACAGUGGCUAGACCUCUGGUGUCAUCCACUCCGUCUUGGUUACCUUCCUCUUCCCGUGAUCAGUCGGACGUCGAUAACCAUCCGAAAGAUUAUGCCAAUGAUUUUAUCAGAACUGGGGAAGACAGACCUCCCCAGAUAGAUCGCUUAGAUCUUUCCCUCAAGUCUACAAACGACACCGAAUUUGCAAUAACCAGUAAUCGCAACAGUGGUCUACGGUUUGUCACAGACGCAGCUGUUCCUAGCACCAAACCACCUUCUCUACUUAUCAGUACCGGUUCCACAUCGAAUAUCGCGAAGACUAUAUCGCCUGUAGGUUCACUGGAUUCCUCGAGAAGCACUUUAGUCGUUAAAACGUUCGAAGAUUCCUCGCCACAGCUGUCAAACGAACCUUCGACGCCAGCCUUCGAGGCGAAAUCCAUCGGUAUCGAGUAUAUCGACUCGACUUCCAGACCUGUCACGCACAGGAGCACAGAAGAAUCAAGGGAUGUAGGGUCAAGUGGAGUAAGGAAGCCUGGAGGUGAAAAAGACACCGUGGAAGCCUCAACAGCGAACGCUUUGUACAGAACCAUCAGGCCAGAGACUCUGAGGCAGAUCGAAGAAACCAUUGAAAAGAAUAACUCUCCUUACCACGUGACGUUGACGAUGAGCAAAGACGCACAGUCGGCUACUGGAGUCGACCUAAUUAGCCAACUGCUAGCCCAACAGGGCAAGGAAAUGUCAACUGUCAACGACGAGGCACACGAACUGGAGAUAAUCAGGUCUGUGGAGCCAGAAAUACAGAGUACAACGAAAUUACAGGCGACUACCAUGAACAUCUUGGACACUGAACAUCAGCCUAACCUCGGAGGCAACGUUACCACUGUGGAACGAAGUGAUUUCAAGAAGAGGAGCUCGAAUAUGGUCAGCCUGCUUCACCUGAUGUCCGAGUUGCUGAAGCUAGACCGAGUUCCUCGCCCGUUUGCUCUCUCAGAGACGCAGAAUCCAGAACCAAGGACUCGGUCAGAGAUUCUACACGAUAUCCUGAGUACCACAUCCUCGAGGGCCCUCGCUAAAGCUGUGCACUCGAACAUAGAAUCCCAGAAUGGAGGGACAUCCCACUUCCAAGAGACUUCUACGGAGCCAAACUUGAAAUCUUCGGCUGCUCGAUCGAAAGAGGAGAUCCUGGACCAGUUGGCUGACAAUCUUGGAGAACCUAUUUACAGAGCAGACGGACAACCUGCUUUUGAUCUCCGUGGUGAACAGAGAUUAGCAGACUUUCAGACUGUAAUUCCCCUUAAGAGCACGAGUAACCAGGAAGAAUUUAGCAGCGUUCAAACCACCGUGACCACGACUGCUCGACCGAGUUCCAGGGAAAUCACCAGGACUACGACGACCACAUCUACGCCGAAGAUCACGUUCACCACGGAGCCUGAGAAGACCGUGGUGAAGACAGAGUUCGUACCAUCGAUUGGGUUCUCUUUGGACACCGACGCAGGUAGAGAAGAGUACGUGGAGGCUGUUUUGGGUGGCUUGAUAGAGCCGCAGACAGCGGAAAGUGAGAAGAAGGAGACGAUUUUGAAGGAGGAACUAGAGGAAGAGACUUUAUCGAAGAAGAAUGAAACCUCAGGGAAGAUUUAAGGAUUUUCUAGGGAUGAACUUAGGUUUAGAACGAAAUCUGUGAUGUCCUGCCGUUUCGUGCUUUUUAUAGUAGCUUUCUGGCCAUUUCUUUCCUUCUUCUUUCACUCGCAUUUCCUAAUUCUACGAUACUUUCUCCUAGAUACUGUCAAAUUGACGUUCCUUCUUUUCUCCGCCAUUUGGUAUAAUAAUUGGAAUAUCACGACGAUUACAGCCCCCGUUACCAUUUAUAUACGUUUUAAGCGAAGAAGUAGCCCCGGUGUAUAAUUAGUUGCAUUAAUUUUCUCUAGU